AUGCUUGCUUCCCGCUGCUGCGGAGUGAGGCUGAGGCGUUGCUGGGGCUGCCUGUGGCCCGGCUUCGGGCACUGGAGGGGCGCCUCCUCCUCCUCCUCGGCGUUCCCUCUGGAGGUGUCCUCGGCCGCCGUGCCCCGGGACGUGCUCCUCUUCCAGCACGAGAGGCGCCGCUUCUUCCGGCUGCUGGGCCUCUUCUGCGCCGGGCAGUUCGUCUUCUGGGCCUCCCUGGCGCACCUGGCCUUCACUACCCUGAGGGCCCCCGCGAGGGACCAGGAAGCAGCGGCGCCCCGAGGAGGAGAGCCGGCCUCCUCCCUCCGCCUGGGCUCCGGCAAGUGGCGCCUCGGCUUCACCGCCUCCUGCCUCACCGCCGGGUCCCUGAUCUUGGUAGCGGGGUUUGUUUUUUCCCGACGAUCCGUCUGCAGGGUCUUGCUGCACCGCGGUGGGCAAAAUGUGACUCUGACCACCUAUUACCCCUUUGCCUUCACUUCAUCCUUCACGGUGCCCCUGCGCCACGUCUCCUGCAUGUCCCACCGCUUGGAAGUUCCUGCAAUGAUUCCUCUCAAGAUUAAGGGGAAACCUUUCUAUUUCCUGCUGGACAAACAGGGACGGAUCACCAACACACAGCUUUUUGACAUCACUGUAGGCGCCUAUCGCAAACUAUAA